CAUUCCAGUCUUCCGGACAGGUACUCCGAAGAGGGCGUAGUAGAACCUCAGUUGAAAGCGAGAAACCCCGCCACCUUGGCCGGGGGUGGGACCUAUCUUGUCUCCGCCCCGGAGGAGUUACCUUGCUCUGACACCCGCCCUAAAUACUGAAGACUUUCGACAGCAAUCAUUCGGGGCGGAAGUUAAGACGCCCCGAGAGCGAGGCGGCGGAAGUGGUUGCGUUAUUGCGCGUCCGGGCGCAUGCGUUAUUCUAUUCCUUUGCCGCCGCUUUUCAGUCGCUACCUUAUCACCCACUCCUCUCCUUUUCUCCACGUGAGGGGGUUCGCGUACCCCUCGUCGCGCUCUCGGACCUUCUGCUGCUCUCCUGGCCCCCUUACUAUGGCGGGCAUCCUGUUUGAGGAUAUUUUUGAUGUGAAAGAUAUUGACCCGGAGGGCAAGAAGUUUGACCGAGGUAAGUAAGUGUCUCGACUGCAUUGUGAGAGUGAAUCUUUCAAGAUGGACCUAAUCUUAGAUGUAAACAUUCAGAUUUACCCUGUAGACUUGGGUGACAAGUUCCGGUUGGUCAUAGCCAGUACCCUGUAUGAAGAUGGUACCCUGGAUGAUGGGGAAUACAACCCCACAGAUGAUAGGCCUUCCAGGGCUGACCAAUUUGAGUAUGUAAUGUAUGGGAAAGUGUACAGAAUUGAGGGAGACGAAACUUCUACUGAAGCAGCAACACGUCUCUCUGCCUACGUCUCCUAUGGGGGCCUGCUCAUGAGGCUGCAGGGUGAUGCCAACAACCUGCAUGGGUUUGAAGUGGAUUCCAGAGUUUAUCUCCUGAUGAAGAAACUGGCCUUCUGAACCACCUGGGAAGUCAACCUUCCUGCUUAGUCACUCAGGUUUUGGACAUUCAUUCAUCAGGCCUGAGGAGCAGCUCCUGUUGAUCACCUGUUCAAGAGGGGGUUGUUGUCUGUCCAUUGUGGGUGCAUCUUAGGUGGUUUGGACUCAAUGGGAAACUGACUUGCCUGUGAAAGACCCAGUGGCAGAGCUUAAAAUGAAUUAGAAGUUAUUUUGUGUAUAUGAUCUUUUUCAUUAAACGUUACUUUUCAGACUUAAA